UGCGCUGCCUUUCCGCGGAUGGGCAGGUGGGGGAAUAGUCAACAUGGCGAUGUUCGGCUGCGCUCUGUCUAACGCUGGUCUCUAUCAUCUCCUCGCCCUGGCCGUCUGGGCACUCUUCAUCGCCAAAGGCACUUCUCAGGAGAUUGAAGUUGACGCGCAGAACCUGGAGACGGACGACGUGGAGGUGGUGGAGGGCGGGGUGGCCACGAUCAGCUGCCGUGUCAAGAACAACGACGACUCGGUCAUCCAGCUGCUGAAUCCGAGUCGACAGACCAUUUACUUCAGGGAAGUCCGACCUCUGAAGGACAACAGGUUCCAGCUGGUGAACUUCUCCAGCAGUGAGCUGCGGGUCUCGCUCUCCAACGUGUCCCUGGUCGACGAGGGGAAGUACGUCUGCCAGCUCUACACCGACCCUCCGCAGGAAGCUUACGCGACCAUCACGGUUCUGGUCCCGCCCGAGACCCCGACCAUCGAUGCCGACAAGGACGUGGUGAACGAAGGGGAGGAGGUGGAGUUCACGUGCAGCACCAGCGGCAGCAAACCGGCUGCCGAGAUUAAGUGGAUGAAGGGGGACGAGGAGCUGCAAGAAAGCACAAGUAACUUUGAAGAGGAGGAGAAGCUGUUCAAUGUCACCAGUAAGCUGGUGAUGCGGGUGAGCCGCCUGGACGACGGAUUACCUGUCACCUGCCAGGUGGAACACCCAGCCGUGAAGGAUUUCCAGACAAUGAAAGAACUGCAAGCCCAACGAUACCUGGACGUACUAUAUAAGCCUCUGGUGCAGAUUACUGUCAGCUACCCGCAAGGCCCGACGAGGGAAGGGGACACUCUGGAGCUCACGUGCACGGCCAGCGGGAAGCCGCAGCCCACGCUCGUCUGGCAGCGGCUGGAUGAGGAAAUGCCAGAGCGGGCCAUCUUGUCCAUCGAGAACUUGGUCCUGGAAUCGCUGAAUAAGUCCGACAACGGGACCUACCGCUGCAAGGCCUUCAACGACAUCGGAGAGUCCCACGAUGACUACCUCCUCUACGUCUAUGAUGCACCCACCACCCCACCACCCACUACAACCACCAUCACCACCACAAACAUCCCUACCAUCUCUAAAGCCACAUCGCCGACUACAGAGCCAUCAAGCCACGACUCGAGGGCAGGCACCGAGGUUGCAGGGUCAGUCGACCAUGCCGUCAUUGGGGGAGUGGUGGCCGUCGUCGUCUUCGCCAUCCUGUGCCUGCUGAUUGUGCUGGGACGGUACUUCGCCAGACACAAAGGCACGUACUUCACGCAUGAGGCGAAGGGGGCCGACGACGCCGCCGACGCGGACACGGCGAUCAUCAACGCGGAGGGCGGGCAGAACAACUCCGACGAAAAGAAGGAGUACUUCAUCUGAGUCGAGUGUGGUCAGUCGGAGGCGUCCAACUGUUGACAUCUCGCCGGUUGGGUGUUAUUUUUCGUUUUGGCAUAUGGUGGACAGGAGUGAGUCGUGCACGGUGUUGGGGUAAGGGUCUGUCGGGUGGGAAACAGUGACGGUUCAGUUGGGUGACCUCCACAGUUUGACACCUCUGCGACUGCCUAGCCAGUCUUGGACCUAGUUUAAAGCCUCCCAUUUGCAGAAAUGUCCGUGCCUUGUUUUCCCUGCAGACACGCCAGCCUGUUGAAUUGCUGUUCGGAAAGCUGGGCGGAGCUAGAAACUCCCCCUCCCUUCCUACACCCGUCGCGAGCCGCGGCAGGUUCGAUCUUUAUUUUCAUUUUUUUCCGCAGAGGGACACGGAUCGAGCAUUUUUCUGCAAGUGAAGUUUUGUUUUGUUUUUUUUUUCCGUUCUUUGGGUGUGGCGAGACUGACGCUAGAUUCAUCCUCUUCUGUAGGCGGUGCGACGUAGGGUACCUCAAACCGCCCGGCCGUUUUAGCGCAAGUGGCGGGGCAUCUGCAGCAAGACGCGUUUUCGGGGCCUGGCCAAAGCGGGUCUUUUUGCCUUUUCUUGGUGCAGAGACAAUGUUGAGUCACCACGGUAGGAGCUAGCUUUGUCCCAGACAGCUCUCGUUUUUAAAAGAUCUCAUCAGUCUUUCUCAAUUGGCCUUAUUCUUAGUAUGGUUUGCCAAAAAAACAAUUAUCCAAGCUCAUGAUUCCCUGUUGCAAAGUUCAUUUCCCCUGCACCCUAGGGUGUUUAUUGCCGCCUUGGCGGAGGGGAGGGGAGGUGAAUGAUUCAGACAGUUCAAUUUGAAUUCAUAGACAUAGCAUAGAUUUAAAAAGGCAUAAUCCCUUUUCUAAACACCUGCACGGUUUAUAUUUAAAACUUUUUUCAUGGAUCGUGUGCAUAGAUCCCUUAAAACAGCUGUGUGUGUGUGCGUGCGCGCGUGCGUGCGUGUGUAUUUUUUUUUAAAAAAGGAAUCAAGGCCGUGAUGGAAGUCUUUGUGUCAUUGUAAAAUGCUACUCGUAUUCUAUUUAAAGGUUUAAUUAAAAUUGAUCAAACGCUGUACAGGAGGCUAUAGUAUUUAAAUGGAAGUUAAGCGUAUAUCUUGCAUCUUGAUUACCCAUCUGUCCUGUGUCUGCCAUUAGUAAGGGAUAGUGCCUCUUUAAAGAGCGAAGAAGUUGCCUUAAAAAAAAGAUAUUACCACCUUGUGUUUGGCAUAAACAUUUUUCGAUACCCACCCCACCCCUCCUCCGACUCACCACCCCCCCCACAAAUCAUUUAUUUAGCAGAGGAAGCCAGAUUCUGCCAAGGCAUCUCGUUUGAAACGCUUUUGCCAAACAGAAUGUUUGCCUCCUGGACCCGACGCCCCGCAGUUUGAGGGGGGAGGGCGAGUUGCUGUGGCAGAUUCCGGAUGCCAGGCAAGAUCUCUUCCGCUGACCUCUGCCCAGUACACAGCCCAGUGACAUAGCGUUACCCGAAGAGGGUUCAUUUUUAGGCUAAUUUUCUUCUGAGGGGUUUUAUUUUUUUUUUGGAGAUUUAUCGUUACAACGCGCGAUACACUAUCAUAUCUUUCAGAGUGGACUGGGGAGAGCGAGUUAGCCCCACAGUGGGCCCUGCGGGAACGCGCUGCGCCCUCGUGGUGCAGCGGGAGCCCGCGGGGCCGCGGCCAUUUUAGGCCCGGCUUGCCGGACUCCCUCGGCAAGUUCCAAGACAGCGGAAGUCGAGUUGCUGAAGGGUGUGAUCCUCGACAACACAAAAAAAAACUCGGUGACUCCGUUUGAGAAGAAAAGAGGUCACCGCGGUAGUGAGGGGAAAUGUGAUGUCACGCUCAAAAUUUUAAAAAAUAAAGUGGUUUAACGUGUCUUGUCGCUGUUUAGAAAUCUCUUGGAGUAAUUUGCGCCCCCUCUCCCUCUUGGCUUUAGUUUUUUUUUGAUUUGUACGACAGUGUAGUAGUGUUACUGAAGUCGGUCUAAUUAUUUUUUUUCAAAAAGAAGUUCAGAUUCGUCUUGUCUCAGGAAGGUGUGUUCCGAUUGGCUCUUUGCAAAGGAUGUGCCCCCCCUCCCCCUCCCACACACACGCAUUUAAACGUGGCAAAUUCAAGAGUUUUAGUUGUACAUGUUCCUUUCCGUUGUUGUGUGAAUCCUUCCUUUUUUUCGGGUUGAGUUCCUCUCCGAUGCAGUGCACUGUUCUGAUUGUGAUAUGUAUUACUUUGUAUAGAGUUAGUUCGACUAAUUGGGUAUGUCAUGUGCAAAGCAAGUAUUGUGCGAAAUUGGUUUUAAAAAAAUGGGUACAAAGUUGAAGAUUAUUGCUGUGUUCCAUAUGCACAUUAGGUCUAAACCUUUAGGCACCACAGCUGUUUGCUUUGGGCAUUUCUCAUCUGUUGUGUACACACGGGCUAUGUUGUGUAUUGAUAGAAUCUCCCAUUGUUCUCCACGCCGUUUUUAUUUUGUACCAUUUCAUGUAUGCCAUUUUUACAGGAGAAAAAAAAAGUCUAGAAAAAAAACUACUGAAGCGUUAUUGACUUCUUAAUAAAAAAAAAGUUAAAUGUUCCGAA